UCUCUCAGUUCUUCUCGGGUGUCGGCAGUAUGAACAGCCUCCUCAAACUCUACAGUAGUGUCACUAGCGCAACCGCACUACCUCCACACUUAACACAAGACUGUCUGGACGUUCUUAAAGGAAUGAUGACGAUUGAUCCUACCCGUCGUCUAACAAGUGCACAGGUUGUCCAGCACGCCUGGUUAAAAACCACCACCAGUCGCGAAACACGGACAGGAGAGAGCGCCGGAAAUAUUGACUUUGAGUUGCUGCACGCCAUCUGCCGGAAGUACAAGUACGCGUACAGGGAUGUGUACGAGUCGGUGAUCGACAAUAAGUGCAACCACUACAGCGCCAUCUACCACGUCAGUCUGGCCGCACGGCGGCGUGAUGGCGACCACGGUGCGGGUGGGACAACACUUGGCAAAACAAUGGUUAAUUCAGCUAGAAACCAUAGCAGAGAGUGGUGUUCAGAAAUCAGUGACGGUGGUACAUAUAACAGACAGCAAAGUGCUAAAUUAAACGAUUAAAAACUAAUUGUAGAAUUCAAAAUUGAUAACAAACCGAUCGCAGAGUGGUGUUCAGAAAUCAGUGACGGUGGUACAUUUAACACACAGCAUAGUGCUACAUUGUUGAUUAAAACUAAUUGUAGAAUUCAAAUAUGAUAGCAAACCGACAGCAGCGUGUUACAUUCAGGAAUCAGUAACAGUGGUACAUUUAACAGACAGUAUAGUGCUAAAAUAAAACGAUUAGAAACUAAUAGUAGAAUUCCAAACUGAUGGCAAACCGAUAGAAUGAAGUGUUUUUCAGAAAUCAGUGACAGUGGUAUAUUUAACAGACAGCAUAGUGCUAAAUUAAACGUUUAAAAACUAAUUGUAGAAUUACAACCAAGGAUAUUUUCCAAAAGGCUACAUUCCAAAACAUCCAUAACCUUGAUUAAAUGAAACAAGCUAUAAUGGCCCACGUAGCCUCGUAUCCCAAUCUUUUGUUAUGCAUAUAGCCUUAAUUAUUUAUAGGAGAACGAACAUGUAUUGACAACAUACAUAUAUUUUGGUAAAAUGAAAAUAAGUCAACUUCGUGCAUUUUACAUGAUGAAUUUCAUAUAAAACCUGUCGGGGUUUAGGUUUAUUUUCAUGCAAAUGUAAAGAAAACAAGGAUUGAAUAGUAAUUUCACGUAACAUUUGCAAAAGACUUAGGGUCUAAAAAAUUUAACAGGACUAUAGUAAUAGUGCAUGUUUAAGGAACCAUGCGCGCAUCUUCGCAAACCAAGGUACCAUUUCGUACAACUACGAAAUGCAGUAGUUCGAUGAAAUGGUACCUUACCUUGCAAAGAUGAAGGAACUAAUACCAGUGCUACAUUAACCAAUAUAUUAUAGGUUUAAAUUAAAGAAAUAGUGCGUGGUAACUAGACACUACACGGGCACCGAAGAUAAACUUUGCAAGGACAUACUACAGUGUUACAACGAAUAACUGUGAAAUGUGUUCACCUAAGAUACAAAGCUUACGUUGGGCGAAACAUUCUCUUAGCGACUUGGCGAAUGUGUAGCCAAGUUUAAUGUCUUUUAACAAAACAAGAGGCCUACUUAGCCACCCUAUUCUUUAGUUAGUGUCUUAAUUUUAAAUCACAGUUUUUUUUUAUAGUCAAUCUUUAUUUCUUAAAAACAUUUUUUCCAUAAGAAAGAAAUGAUUCAAAACACGUUGAAUGUAAAUUGAUGGAAAUGAAAUAUUUGUUAAUACAAUUUACAGAGUUCGGCCAGAAAUAUUUGAACAAAAGACAUUAAAUAGAGGCGAAUACAGCCAUUUAGACAAACAAUAUUGUCUGCCAUUGAAAAUUUUAAAACAAUUUGAACUGGUUGAUUAUGAAUACAAAUUGUAAAAGAUAAUAAAUGAAAAUUAUUGAAAUACGUUUACUAUGUUCAAAAAAGAUCAUGUAGUACAAUCUUCAGUCCUGACAACACAAACUGGAAAAUGGACAUGGACAACAGAACCAAUAUUUGUUUAACCACACCUUAACACAACUAAUUAAACUACUUUGAUGUCAUCGUUGGCAAUUGGACUCAGGGCUCACCCUACCAAAUUGCAAAUUACUAUUAUUUUUCUUUUAAAUACAAAGUUGCUACAACAUUUGGUCUUUGACUGAAAUUCCCGAACAAAUAAUAAUCGCCAACCAUACGUUAGCGAAUUUCAAUAGUAUUUUCAUCUUCCUUGUCUUGGUGAGAAACUUGAUGAUGGCUCUUUGAUCCAGUUUGGUCAAAUUCACGGUUUCCAGUCUGGUCAAAUUGACGGUUUCCAAUCUGGUCAUAUUCACGGUUUCCAGUCUGGUCAAAUUCACGGUUUCCAAUCUGGUCAAAUUCACGGUUUCCAGCUGGUGAAAUUCACGGUUUCUGUAAAGUGUUUGACAAUCCCUGAUCGUAGAAGCGAUUGCUCUGCAACUAUAAGCUACAUCAUAACCAAAAUGUAGAUAACUAGUUUGUUUGUUUUGUUUAACGAAAUCACUAGAGCACAUUGAUUU